AUGUUAAAUGGUUUCUUCCUAAAAAAACGUCUCAACAAGACGACUUUUGAAAAUGUUUAUAAAGGAAGGAAAGGAAAAAGAAAUCACUGGCCGAACAGACACAAGACUUCAAACAACACGAAUGUCGAAUGUGGAACACCGGAGGAUGAAAUGAACAGAAGCAAAACACCAAAAUCAAUACGUGAAACAUGUCCGAGAAUCUAA